UGCGAUGACGGCCACGCUUUCAUCGAAUGCCGUCGUCACGAGGAGAAUUGCUACUUCCACAUUUUGGUUAUCCGGCCAGAAUCAGCAACAACAUUGCGUCGAUUCCACAGUGACAGAUCCUGUUCAAUGUUUCAAGUUGUUGAGAGAAUUGAAUGGCCAAGUGUCAGCCUAUCACCAAUUGGCCACGUCGUUGGGUACAUCGAGUGGAGAUGGCCAAAAUCUUCGUGGUCGACUGAAGCGCACCAGGCGACGAGCUCGUCAGCUGGCCAGUACCGUUCGUCGUUUCAUUCUCACGUUGGAUAAUGUGGCUGGUGAAUCUUCCGGACGAUUAUGGUGUUUGCUUUAUUGCUGCCUUUACGUUCUCGCUUUAGAAAUGCAAAGAACAUUGCAAUUGCAAUGCACUUUUGCUCUUUAUCCGGCGGCCGGUUUCAUCAACACCGGACUUGUUGUUGUGCAGCAACAAGAACAGCAUCAGAAUAAACAAAAGAAAAAGAGGAAGGUCAACAAAAAUCGAAAUGGCCGCCUACAAAAUCACGAAUCCAGUUGCCUGGUCGACGAUGACGACGAUGUUCCAUUAGCCGAUUUACUAAGUCUCGAACGCGCCGAAAUUAAUCAACUACAACAGGAAAUUGAAGAACUGGAAGGCGCUUUACAAGAACUGCGUACCAACUACAAUGUAGUGGAAAUUGAAUCUUAUUUGACUCUGGCGGAUUCGGGUGGUGGCCAACUGGACCGACUGCAAGGCGAUUCGUCCGUUUGCCAACAUCACAAUAGAUCCAUCAUGCAGACGACGUGCCAUUAUUACAGCAACGACAGUGGCGCCAGUAGCGGCUAUUGCAAUGUGGCUGAUGAUUCGGUCGGCUCUUCGUCUUCUUCUUACCCGGACGACGACCAAGACGAAGAGGAUGAAGAAGAUUCCACUAGUGUAGUUAAUCAACGUCGCUGCCUUUGUGUUGUCAUGGCAAUCGUCAUCAUCGUCUUCAUUUUGGCUACCAUUCUCGGGGCUGCCCUAUAGUCCCUUAACCCCCCACAAUGCUCCUAUUUAUUAUCGUACCUUUUUUUUUGGUAUAUUAUGUCGGCAAAGGUUUUUAGA